ACAGAAAUUUCGAAACAAUUACUUACGCAGAAAUGUACGAAGAAGCUAGGUUAUAUGCCGCAGCUCUUCGGAAGUUUGGAUUGAAAAAAGGAGACGUUGUUGCUUGUUACAUGUCAAAUAGGAUAGAAGCGGUUAUCGCCAUGCUUAGUGUUACCAGCAUUGGGGCUAUUUUUACUGGAGCUCUACCACAGUUAGGACCUCAGGCAGUUAUCAGCCGCUUCCAAAUUGUGAAGCCAAAAUUGCUUUUCUCAGUGGACAGAUAUCGAAACAAUAAUGAAGAAAUCGAAAUGUUAAUGAAGCUUGAAGAAAUCGCUGAAGCAUUACCCUCUUUGAGAAAGAUCGUUAUUGUACCAUCAAAAGAAGAAUCAAAGUUUAAAGAUAUCAGCAAAAUUAAGAACAGCUGCUUCCUGCAUGAUUUCCUGUCAACAGGUAGAGAAGCUGAUGGAUCGGUUGCACCCACGAUGUUUGAGCAAGUAUCUUUUUCACAUCCCGUAUUCAUCAACUACACGUCAGGAACUACUGGUCUGCCGAAGGCUCUUUUUGUAGGAGCAGCGAGCCUCUUGAGUGUUACUAGGGAUUUUGGUUCGUAUGGAAAUGAAGUUAGAGAACGGGUAUGGUUUUCCGUUUCACCGGUUGGCUGGGUGACUUGGAAUAUAUUUUCAAGCAUGCAUUUCUUAGGUUGUACUGUCGUGUUAUUUGAAGGUGUACCUUACUUUUUGAGCAAGACUUCUUUAUGGGAUCUGAUUGACGAAUUUAAAGUCACUCACAUUGUUCUCCCUCCUAGCAUCCUGGAUGACAUGGAGAAAAAAGGAUAUCUGCCUACGGAACGAAAUAGUUUGAGUUCACUGGAAACUAUCAUCAGUGCUGGAAGCGUUGUCAAGCCACAAAAUUAUGAUUUUGUCUGCAACAAAAUAAAAAAAGGAAUCCUGUUCUUUAGUGGUUUUGGAUGCACCGAACUAAUGGGAUUCAGCGCAGGACAUGAUCCUUCCUUGCCUGUUUACAGAGGAGAGCUUACUGCUCCUAGUUUGGGCACUGAUUUGCAGUGCUUAGAUGAGGAAGGCAAACCUGUUAUAGGUGAAGCUGGCGAAAUGGUGAUAGCAAAACCAUUCCCAUCCUUAGUUCUUGGCAUAUGGGGCGAUAGUGAUGGAUCAGUGUUCAAGGAAAAGUAUUUCUCCAAAUUUCCAGGAAAAUUUUCAAUUGGUGACUUAGUUGUUAUAAAUCCUGUCACGAGGGGAUUCAUUGUUUGCGGAAGAAGUGAUGCCACUUUGAAACCUGGAGGCUGUCGAUUCGGAAGUUCGGAAAUUUAUAAUAUUGUGGAAUCUUUUCCUGAAAUUCUGGACAGCAUUUGUGUCUCUCAGUACAGUAAGGACUUAGUGGAAAGGGCAGUGCUCUUUCUGAAGAUGAAGGAUGGUUAUUAUUUCAGUGAGGAGUUAGUCAAUAGAAUUCGUGAGAAGAUUGGAGAGGAACUAACUGUUCAUCAUAUUCCAGAAGUUAUCCUGGAAAUUCAAGAUAUACCGGUAAACGCGAAUGGCAAGAAAAUGGAGCUGACUGUGAAACAAAUUAUCAAUAACUUGCCUUAUAACUCUGAAAGUGUCAUGAACCCCGAGUGUUUGCAAUGUUUUCACAACGUGCCUGAAUUACAAGGCUUUGAAUGUUAAUGCUUGUAUAUCAUUUAAAAAAUAAACAAAACAUUUACUGACACAUUUAAAAUUAGCUUAGCUUGUAUUAUAGUGUUUUAACUUUAAUUUAAGUAAUUUCCUUGCUCAGUUGCUCUCUUCAAUACCUUUCACGUAUAAUUCAGUUUAAAAUUUUCAAGUGAAUUUUAUUUUGAAAAGACGUAAUAAAAAUUCUUAAUUCUAAGCAUUUUAUUCAAAGUUGUGGAGUCAUUGAGUUUUUGAUGCUGGAGACAUAUAAAAUGUGCAUUCCUUUCCCAAGGAUUCGAACUCCGGACUUCUCGAAUACCCGUCGUGUGUGCUUCCACUUACAUCACGAAGGCAUGUAAAAAGGAGGGAGAAAAUACCUUUUAUUCUCCCCAUUUUUAAAGGGCAAAUGGGGAUGAGAGGACCCGAUCGCCAAAUCCUGGUGGUGACAAAUUGCAGUUCCUCGCCUUUUUCGGUUCGGGCGCCACUGUAACGUUUCAUAGUUUUUGCAAGCAUAAAAUAUACGAAGCAUCUUAACCUUUAACUGGUGUGAGAAUGCAUGGACAGAAGGAAAUUAAGAGAAUGGAUUUAUCAACUAAAGAAGAAUAAUUAAAAGAAAGAAAAACAUGUAGUCUGUGCCUACCUUGUAAGGAGAGAAAAACAGCA